AUGCCGGACAAGGCGGUGGACGACGCCAUGGAGUCCGCGGUGGGGGCCCACUUCAGCGGCCUCCGCCUCGAGGCGCUGCGCCUGCCCGCCCCCUCCGGGUCCUCCUCCCCCUCCUCCUCCACCUCCGCCGGCGCCGCCGCCGCCGCCGCCCUCGCCAACGGGCUCGCCCACGCCCACGCCGACGUCGCCUCCCCAUCCUCCCUCAGGCAGCCCUUCGUCAUCGGGGUUUCGGGCGGGACGGCCUCGGGGAAGACCACCGUGUGCGACAUGAUCAUCCAGCAGCUGCACGACCACCGCGUCGUGCUCGUCAACCAGGAUUCAUUCUACCGCGGCUUAACCGCUGAGGAAUCUGCACGCGCUCAGGACUACAAUUUCGAUCAUCCUGAUGCAUUUGAUACGGAGCAACUUCUUGAAUGCAUGGGGCAACUAAAACGUGCAUUGCCUGUAAAUGUUCCUAUAUAUGACUUCAAAAAUCACCGAAGGUGCUCAGAAAGGUUCCGAAAGGUCAAUGCAUCAGAUGUCAUUAUUUUGGAGGGCAUUUUAGUCUUCCAUGAUCAAAGGGUUCGCAAUCUGAUGGACAUGAAAAUUUUUGUGGACACAGAUGCAGAUAUUAGGCUUGCCCGGCGAAUAAGGCGUGAUACAGUUGAAAGAGGUAGAGAUGUUAGCUCGGUGCUUGAUCAGUAUGGGAGGUUUGUGAAGCCAGCAUUUGAUGAUUUUGUUCUGCCUUCAAAGAAAUAUGCUGAUGUGAUCAUACCACGCGGAGGUGAUAACCAUGUUGCAAUUGACCUGAUCGUUCAACAUAUUCGUACAAAGCUUGGUAUGCAUGACUUGUGCAAAGUCUUCCGAAACGUCUUUGUAGUUCAAUCAACUUUCCAGAUCCGAGGAAUGCAUACUCUGAUUCGUGAUAGGGAUAUCACUACACCUGACUUUGUGUUUUAUUCAGAUCGAUUGAUACGUUUGGUAGUUGAGCAUGGUUUGGGCCAUUUGCCAUUUAUAGAAAAGCAGAUUAUUACUCCAACAGGAUCUGUUUAUACGGGAGUUGAUUUCUGCAAGAAGCUCUGCGGAGUGUCUAUUGUCCGAAGUGGUGAAAGUAUGGAGAAUGCUUUGCGUGCUUGCUGUAAAGGAAUAAAAAUUGGCAAAAUUUUGAUACAUCGUGUUGGAGAUAAUGGACAGCAACUCAUAUACCACAAACUGCCAAUGGACAUAGAUGAACGGCAUGUUCUGCUUUUGGAUCCGGUGCUUGGCACAGGGAACUCAGCAAAUCAAGCUAUAGAUCUUCUUCGAAGGAAAGGCGUUGCUGAGGAGAGGAUCAUAUUCCUCACUCUCAUCUCGGCACCCGAAGGGAUUCAAUGUGUGUGCACGCGAUUUCCAAAGUUGAAGCUUGUAACGUCAGAGAUAGAUACCGGGCUGAGCGAGGAAUUCAGAGUCAUCCCAGGUUUGGGAGAGUAUGGUGAUCGCUACUUCGGCACAGACAACUGA